GGGUUUUGUAUCUUGCGCAAUAAAUGCCCACAUCAAUAAACAUGUCUUGCAUUUGUGUCGCGCGCUAGCUAAAGCUCGCCAUACGACUCCGCCGAAACUAGGCCGUGCGAUGAUCACAUGGCUUGCGGUGUUCCAUUCUCCGUAAGAAGGCUGUUUGCAAGGGAGCCUAGAUCAUUGUUUACGGAUAAUUUAUUGGGCACAAAACUUGACAAUGAGGUCAAACAAAAAGCGUAAGAAAUCAAAGAAACCAGUUACAGUGAUGAACACCAACGAGAAGAAUAGUAGCAUUCUCGGCUCCAAGGUCAGCAAGAGGAAGGUCAUAUCAAGGUUACACACCAUCAUGAAGGACAUCGACAAGGUCAAACAAGAACCCACUGUCUCUCAGGAAGAAAAGAAGAUGAAGGUUCAGCAGUUGGAACUCGAGAUAGAAGAGCUAGGGGGACUGAAUGCCUACCAGCAAAGUUCCCUCCUCGGUGAGCAUCUCCAUGGCAACAUAAACACAUCAAAAUGGGUGCUGCAAAAACUCAAGGAAUCCAAUGUCAGAGCCACACAGGGAUCCAAGCUGUGUCUCCUGGAUGUUGGAGCCCUGCAACUGAACUACACCAAACACACCAAGUGGUUGGAUGCAGCGGCCAUAGACCUCAAUCCACAGUGUGAAGGCAUCAUCCAGUCAGACUUUUUCGAGUUCAAGGUUGGCGAGUCCGAUGCCUAUGAUAUUAUUGUCCUGAGUUUGGUCCUCAACUUCGUGAGUUCUCCAUCUCAGAGGGGUGAGAUGUUGAAACGAUGUCAGAAACUCUGCAAGCAGGAUGGACACAUCUUUGUCGUUCUGCCUCGCGCGUGUCUAGACAACUCACGCUACUUGGACCACGCCCUCUUUCAACGGAUGAUGGACAGUUUGAACUUUGACCUGGUGGCCCAGCAUGACAGCAAGAAGCUCAGUUAUAAGAUGUUCAGGAAGGCCGAGAGGAGGAGAGGCAGCGGAGAGGGGAAGGCUAGUUUCAACAAGCGUGAAGUCAAAAACGGAAAGCAGUGCAACAACUUCUGCAUAUUGAUGAGAUGAGAACUCUUCCUGUAACUCUAUAGAACUUUGAACAUGAUCAGGCUUAGUUUAUUUUGACGGCCUUAAUUGUCCAUCAUCAAUUGAAUUAUGCGAACGUUGUUUUUACAGCAAGGUGUAAAGAUGUACAUAAUCUGAACACGAUUUCUAUGAGAUUUAAAAUCCUGUAUUGAAAUUGACCUCCAGUUGAUUUUUCCAGCCUUUUGUGUGAUCUUGUUUUUUAUGUUCGUAUAUUCAUGAAGAUUACCAUAUUUUCUUUUUCCCCAGUGUUUGUUCGGCAAAUCGCCAAUGAUAUUAGGGACACAUUAGACCUAGAUGUAUGUGCAUGGUUUCACCAUUAAAUGGACCCUGGAUCAAUGUAUAUGUUGUAUAAAAAAGAUGUUAAUAAAAGAGAUUUAGGAUUAAAGUGACUUGGUAACAUUG